AGCACUCACGAGUUGCGACAGUUCGUUCGUAACCAUUUCAAAACAUUCGAGUUUUGCAUUUCAUCCGCUGAGCACGCGUUUUGUUUUGUCGCUUCAUGCAAAGGAAUUCAACCGCUUGGUAUAGGACAUACUUUGCCACUAGUGUCACUGUUUAGGGAUUCGAGUAUUUUAUUUAGUUUCAUACUACUACUACUACUACUACUACGACUACUACUAUCUAUGGUGGAAAAUUACGACGAUCAGGUGCCAGGCGCUUACCGAGUUUGUAGUUUGUACUACUCAAGAAAUGUUAGCUGUGCGCUACGAGAAUUUAGUUCGGCCAUAGAAGAAAGCAAGUGCACUAGUGAGCGUGAAAAUUAGACCAUACAAACAAUAGGAUUCGUCGAUUUGCGUCGGAUCAAGUGUGAAUUUCUGGCUUUGUUUUCGAUUGCAGGGAAGAAUAAAGAAGAAAAGCGUUCGGUUUUUGUCAAAAGAAGUGUGACGUGCCGCAAACUAGCGGGUGAUUUGGUAAAUAAGCUCUAUAGAGUGAUGCGUUUCAGCCUACUGAAUUUUUCAUGGUGCCAAUAAAAAAUAUCUAGUGUCAACUUGUUUGUUUUUUUGGUUUUUUAAACCGCGCGCAAGUGUAUAGCUUAUCAGUGGUGCGAGGGUAAUAAAGCUGUCGGGUGAAUCAAAAAAAAAUAAUAAGAAGCUUAAUUUGUUUAUAACCACAAGAGCUAAAGUGCACCAAACCUGUUCAGGAUCAGUUGGCAAGCUGCUAGUGGCCAAGAAUAAAAGUGGUUAGCUUUAAUUAGUGUGUUCGUAGUGCAUCGUAGUACCUUCCCAAUAUCCGUGGUCAAAGUUGGCUGCCCCCGAGGACGAAGGAACUGACCACCGUCAGGGUCGGGGUGGUGUCACAAUGAGCUUGAAGAAGGCGAGCCGCACCAAAAGUCUGUCGCUCAGCGGCGAUGACUUUCCGCUGCGACCGAUCAAACCGCGGGCCGCCUUUGCUACCGCCAAACGGCCCGAGGAUACACAGAAGAUCAUGAAAUACAUCGACGAUAACGUGAUCGGGAAGGGUGUGGCCUUCCUGGGUCCGUUCGGCAGACGGAAAGUCGUCUACGCGGACUACGCAUCGUCCGGUCGCUCGCUACAGUUCUUGGAAGACUACAUCAACAAAGAAGUGCUACCGGCAUUUGGCGACACCGGUUGCAUUUCCGCCGUCACUGGGCUUCAGUCUCAUCUGUACGAUAACGAAGCCCGCGAUUUGGUUCGAGCGGCCGUCGGUGGCACCGCUGAGGAUGCAAUCGUCUUCUGUGAUAAUCCGGCCGAACGGUUGUGCUUUUUGCUGUCCAGCACUGCCUACGAAAGUGGUAACAAGCUAGCGCCGAUUCUGUUCGUCAGUAAUGCCGAACCCAUCGACAACCUACGGCCGUGGUUGGAUGCGGGUUGGCUGGUAGAACGGGUGACCAAAAAUCACGAAGGAUUUCUGGAUUUGGUAGAUUUGGAAAAACGGUUACUGCAGUUUGCCGAUGCCAAACGCCUGAUGGUAGGUUUAUUUUCCGGGGCUUCCAGAAUGACGGGGAUUCUGGCGGACGACGUGGCCACAACCAUCCUGCUGCACCAGUACGAUGCCCUCUCGAUAUGGGAUCACAGUGUGGCCGUGUCCUGUGCACCCAUUUGCACAAAUCCGGUUCUACCGGGAGCACAGAAGGAUGCAAUAUUCUUCCAUUGCAAUCGAAUGGUCGGAGGAGUGCAAGCUCCGGGAGUGCUCGUUGUCAAACGGAAACUGGUGGAAAAUAAUGCAUCGUUUUUGAAGGAUACCGUUGGAAUCGUGGCUGCGGUACGUGCCGGAUUGGUAUUGCAACUGAAGGAAUCUCUGGGAGUUCAAGCGAUAAUGAUUCGAAUGGAGAAGAUCUGCAAGCAAAUGUUGGCCCACGUAAGAACGAUUCCGGAAAUCGCAUUGCUAGGACCCCCGUGCACCACCGCCAAACGUUUGACGACUCUGUGUUUUAUGGUUCGUCAUCCGAGGGGUGCCUUCCUGCAUCAUCGGUUUGUCGUGGCCGUGCUGAACGAUGUCUACGGUAUCCAGGCAACGGCGGAUAACAUGAUAGCGGAUUCCCUCGGGAUAAAUCCGACACUAGCCGUGGAGUAUGAAAAAGUGUUGAACGAUGAGUCGCUGCGGGCCGCCAGCAUUCAUCCAGGCUACAUUCGGCUAACGUUUCCGUUUUUUAUGACCGAAGCUGAAGUAGCUUUCAUCCUCGAAGCACUGAAGAUGGUGGCUACGGAAGCGUGGAAGCUUCUGCCGCAGUACGAAGUCGACGAUCGAACCGGCGAGUGGAGACACCAUUCCAAUUCACUGGCCAAGGAACGGAAAUGGCUCGGCACGAUUCGUUACACCGAUGGAAAGAUGUUGUUCUCCGAUCGGAGAAUUUCCGGUCCCGGUACGUUCCCACAGAGCUAUCCGGAUUGUCUGCAAACGGCGCGGAAUUUGUUCAACCGAGCCAGAAAGAUGGCCCAACGUUCGUCAUCCGAGGAAAUCGUACUGAAACUGUCACAUCCUUCGGUCGAAAGCCUUCGCUGGUACAUGCUCCCGGGAGAGGCCCACGAGCUUCUGCUUGGACACUCGCACAGCGUCAAAAAUACGGUUCCCUUCGAUCCGACUCAAAUUCCCGAGAAUCCCUCACUGCUGAUGAUUCACCGGCACCACAGCCUGUCUGCGCUGGACAUCAAACGUUUCAAAAGUCGCAGCCUGCCCGCAUCUCCGAUGCAGCUUUCGUUACGCCGGCAGCACUCAAGUUCACCACAGCCGGCGGCGCACAGUCCGACACCGACGCCGACCGCCUCAUCGCCUCCAAUCGUUCGCUUCUCCCUGGGUGGCGAAGUUAGCAGCUAUAGUCCACCGUCACAGGUCGUCAACAGCCAACUGCUAGCCAACGAAACAGUCGGAAUCAGUCGAAACAGAUGCAAUAGCUGGGGUUCGUCUGCGACGAGUACGAAGAAAAUCGGCAGACCCAUCAUCCGCAGUCGCACUAACACUUAUGUUGUCGAUGGUAACUGUACGGGUGGUGGCGGUGGUGGCAGUGGCAUCGAUGAAACCGGUUCGGGUCAGAUUGACAUUCUCGGGCCUCAGACGCGACACAAUCUAGGGUUGAUGCAGGUCCAAAGGCGCCAGCUGUUCCAGCUGACGACUCCAACGGACGACUUCGAUGGGAAUCUGCCGAUAUUGGCGGUGAAACCGAAACAACGAUCCUGUUCUUGUAGUAGCCAAACGGAUCUAAGCAUGGGUUCUAGUAGCGAAAAUCUGGCGACCGUUGUCGCGGCAACCUGUAUCGGAGGUUCACAACUUCCGGGUCCUUCGAACGUCCAGGCAGCUGGAAGCUGCAGUGACAGCGUCGAAGAUAUUCAAGCGUACGUGAAGGAAGUGACCAAGGAGCUAGCGACGGAGAUCAAAUCGGAGAUCCGAGAGGUGAUUUCCAAAGUUGAGGAUGUUUUGGAAAGUACCGACAGUUUGGAUAUGAGCGGAGCGGCAUUUAGUUCUUUAGGCGGCAAUAUCAGUUUUAACACCGACAGCAAACGAGACUCCAUCUCCACCAGUGACGUAGUCGACUAUCUGAAGGAAUACAGCAAAGGCAUGAUGAUCGAAGUGAAAUCGGAAAUUCGCGAUGCCAUGAAUGCGGUAGAUGGAAUAAUUUCACCGGAUGGCUACAACGGAUCACGCAAAAACUCUCCACCAGACAUCCUGAAGCCCAACAACAACAACAACAACGGGGCUGGGCCCAAACUCUUAAUCAAGCAACGCUACAGUGACAUCACCCCGGCUGGCAGACCCAAGUCCGCGGAUGUAGAUAAACAUCGUUCGGAGUCAUUCCCUCGGCCGAAUGCAUCCCUCACAGCACCCAGUCCAGAGCAUUUGGGUCCUAGUUUCCCAUCAUACACGGGUGCCAUUGCGAAAAAGGUUGACCUGAUGUCGUCGAUGUCGUCGCAAGAUUCCGGUAUUAACAUGUCGUUUAGCGAGCAAGACGAAAAGCUACGAUCUGCCGCCAUUAGAGACAGUCGAAGCCGAACCAUUUCAGCCCAGCUCGAAGAAUCCUCUAGUCGACCGGAAACGGCAGACGAACGGCAGCAGAGGCGAGGUCUGUCGGAAUCGGCCAAUCCCAGCACACGUCUUCCCAUCACUCCCGAGGUUGAACUUCCACCGAAAAAUCCUUUACUUCGUCAACCGGCCGUCCUGAAAAGUCCCCCGUCGCAGGAUCCCGACGGUUCCGCCGGUGGUUCGGAUGUGGCAACGUGGCACAACCUUCCCAAAGACAUCUGGAAACAGGCAGCCGAGGCUCUCGAUGACUUCGAUAUGGUCAAGGAUUGCGAUCGCAUUUUGGUGUGCCUGUCCGGGUCGAGUUCAUCGCUCUGUUUGCUGCACCUGUUGCGACAGUUCAUUCGGGCCCGACACCUCAACAACGUUCAGCUGGCGACUGUUACCUUCGGUGAUUGCGGUGUCGACCCGCGAGCUUUGAUGCUGUACCUGCGAGAACUCGGUGUCGAGUUCUACUUCGAACAGAAAGAGUCAUCGGAAAAUCUGCACGAAAAACUAGUCGCCCUAGCUCAUCGCAAAGGUUACAACGUUCUGGCGAUGGCCAACACGCUUGACAAACUGGCCGAUCGGUUCCUGGUGUCGCUUCUGUACAAGGGAAAGUUUAGCACACUGCAGGCCUGCACCAGCCACGUUGGUCCGCACAGCUCGCAAAUCCGUGUCAUACGUCCGCUACUGUACAUCCGCGAACGAACGCUGGAGGACUUCGCUGCCAGCAAAGCACUUCCGACAAGACCAUCGCGCCUUUUCACUCGACCUCCGGAUGCGACCAACAGUAUUCUGCGGGUACAGGAGGCUACCAAUCCGAAUGUGUACGGGAAUAUUCGCAGUGCGCUGAAACCACUGCUGGCGUUGGGGAUGGAAUCGUCAAAGGUAGCGUACGAAUUGCUGCGGGCGGCCCUUGUCAGUAGAGAUUAAGCAUAGGGACUUUUAGGUACAAUGAAGAUCACAGUGAGAUGAGAUAAUCGUAGAUAGAAUAACUAAUUUCUGUGUAAAAACAAUAAGUUGAUAGAAUAGAAUGAACUCUGUUAUCCAAGUGAUGUAAAAUGGUUUAAAAAAAAAGCUUAUGUUUGUAAAUAAACGAAGAAAAUUGUAUUGCACGCCAUUCGUGCUAUUAUAUUA